GUUUCAUUCCGCUACAAUUCUUUCAAUCAAAACGUAGACUUAUGCGAUAUUAUAAAACGAACCAAGCAGAAACGGCGAGAGAUCAACAAACACCAUAGCGCAACUCUUGAUCUUCUUACUGCAACAACAAUGGUAUGAAUCAAACUACACUCCUAACACUGUUAAUCCCAUCAUCAUGUUUCGUUACAACAUUGCCAGCUCAUUGUUCUACCGUAAUAACCUCACAUUCACAACUCGCUCUCCCUUUUCAUCAUCUUCUUCUUCUUCCAAAAACCACGCUUUCACUGUCAACUACCUCAUUCAAAACCUCAGUUUCUCUCCACAAACAGCUUCCAAAAUCUCCACCAAACUUCUUCUCCACAACUCUCAAAACCCCGAUUCAGUCCUCGCAUUAUUCAAAUCCCACGGCUUCUCAAAUUCCCAGCUUUCCACUAUCAUCAAAACCUGCCCCAUUCUCCUCACUUACGACCCCAACAAAACCAUUCUCCCCAAACUCAAUUUCCUUCUCCAAAAGGGUGCUUCCACUUCAGACCUCAUCGACAUCAUCACCAAAAAUCCAAGGUUCUUAUACCUCAGCUUGCAAAAUUCCAUCACCCCAUUUUAUGAUUUAGUCAAAAGAUUCCUACUUUCUGAUCAAUCAACCAUCGCCUCUAUCAAAAUUAACCCUUGCUUCAUUUCUUCUAAAACCCUUUCUCACAAUAUUCAAUUUCUCCUUCAAAAUGGGGUCCCUGACUCUAAAGUUGUUUCCUUUUUGCUUCGAAAUUGGAAUAACCUACUCACUCAAAACCCUUCAUUGUUUAAGAAGGUAGUGGUGGAAGUAAUGGAAUUGGGAUUCAACCCCAAAACUACUUUUUUCACUGUAGCAUUGCGUGCUAAGAUUAUGAAACCCAUAUGGGAAACCAAGAUUCAUGUCUAUAAGAAAUGGGGUUGGUCUGAAGAAAAUAUUGGGUCCGCAUUUGUCAUGUAUCCAUGGUGUAUGUUGGCAUCUGUGGAUAACAUUGAGGCAUCGAUGAAUUUUUUUGUCAAUCACAUGGGUUGGGAUUCCCGUGUGCUUGCCAAAAAUCCAAUACUUCUUUUGCUGAGUCUGGAGAAAAGGGUUAUUCCUAGGGCUUUUGUCUUGAAGUUUCUUGAAUCUAAAGGUUUGAUUAAGGAUGCUAAAUUGGCUGCUCCUUUCAGAGUGUCUGAGGAUUUGUUUUUGAAGAGAUAUGUGAAUCGAUUUAAGGAAGAAUCUUGUCAGUUGUUGGAAUUGUAUCAAGAGAAAAAAGGUGUUUCAAAUAAGACUUUGCGACAGAAAUAUGGGAAGCGACAUAAACUGUCUCCACAACCAUGACACGGUGUGGCAGGAUUUAGAACCUUGUUUUGAAGAUGGCACAACCUCUUGCGUAUCUUUGACUUUUUUGGGUUUGAUAUAGUCAAUUUAGUUGGUGUCUAGUACUAGUAUUAGCUUACCAAGUCUUUCACUUGAAAAUCACAGCUAUUUAGAUUAGAACUACUUGUUGUAAUUUGACAUGAAAAUCAUAGCUAUUUAGAUUAGAACUACUUGUUGUAAUGACUUUUGAAUGCAACAUGAGUUAUAUAUUUUGGUACACAGUCAGGUCUACUGUUCUUCAAGCAGUUUUGUUGAUA